AUGGCUGAUUUCUCUGAAUAUGCUGGCCCCAGCGCUGAAUGGCUGGCCGUGGAGGCUGUGCUGCCCGCACCACCUACAGGCCUGUCGAUAGAGCAAAUGAAGGAUUUGCAAAACAAAGGCCGCGAGGACUCCGCUGCGCAGGACAUGAUCGACCAAGGACUUAGCUCUGUGGUCCAGAUGCACGACCACACAAUCACGGCGCGGGAUGGCGCUGUCCUCGAAGCGCGUACCUACCGCCCCGCCGGCGUUCCUAUCUCCGAGCGUCUACCUGUUUAUCUUCAUCUUCAUGGUGGUGGUUUCCUGAUCGGCACACUGGCGUCGGAGGAUGCAACAUGCUCUCGUAUUGUUGCGUCGCGCCUCCAGAAUAAUACUCCCGUGGUGGUUCUCAAUGUAAACUACCGACACACCCCCGAGCACAAGUACCCCGUCGCUUGGAAUGAUAGCGAGGAUGCUUUUGUCUGGCUACACGAGCACAUUGCUGAGAUUGGAGGGAUAAGUGAGCAAGUUGUGGUCGGCGGCAUCUCAGCGGGCGCAUGGUUGACUGCCUCGUUGACGCUGGCGCAAUUGCGUGGCGAGGAUAAGCGCUUAGCAGCCUGCCCCAAGAUCGCGGGUCAGGUUCUUAUGAUCCCUUGUCUGGUACAGUGGGAUCACUAUGCACCUCGGCAGGAGCUGCUCAAGAGCCCUGAGCUUUCGAGCUAUAUCCAAUGUGCCCAGGCGCCUGUUCUGCCAGUUGAGCGAAUGAGGUUGUUUAGCGGACUACUUGGUCUCAACGAGGCCAAGGAUGCCGCUGGAGAUCUUCGCAUGAACCCUGGAAACGCAUCUGCUGAGGACGUCAAGAACUUGCCUCCUACCACCUUCGGAGUGGCAGGAAAUGACCCUUUGCGAGACGAAGGCCUGUUUUAUGGAAAGCAUCUUGCCGAGAACGGUGUUCCUACCGAUGUGCACGUUUUCCGUGGUGUGCCUCAUGGUUUCCGACGGUGGGGAGACAAACUGCCUGGAAGCAAGAAGUGGGACGAAGUUAUGAGCCACGGAAUCUCCUGGGCCCUGUCGAAGCCAUCGGCUGGACCAUUUGUGAUCCACUCGGAUUAA